UAUACCAUUUUACCUGCACUUAUAAUGGAAGGAUUUGUUGCUAUUGAUAUAUUUGAAGGAUCUUGUGACAAAAAAAAAUUUGUUGAUUUUGUUUUUGAUCAAGUUGUGCCAAUAAUGAAUCUGUAUCCAGGAGACAAUAGUGUUAUUGUAAUGGAUAAUGCAAAAAUCCAUCAUGAUAAUGAAUUAGUAGCUUUGUUAGAG